AGUUUGGCGUCAAGCCCAGUUUUUAAUUAUAACCAUUAUAACAUAUAUAAAUUAAAGUGAUAAGUGCUUCGUUCCAGAGUCCUGUCCAGUGUUGUUCAAGAAACGAAUACUUCUGGAGGAUUUGUGUGAAGUUAACUCAGCAAAGUGAUUUGACCGGAACAGUAUUUCAUUUCAAUGAAAUUGUUCUGUUCAGGUUCAGUUCUCUAGUUGUCAAACGCUGCUGUUUCCAAUUCAAUUUCAUUUACAAUCAAUAUUAAUUGAUUUGACCGACGCGACGUGUUUUCAGGAUGAGAUCUUCAUGUGGUAAAAAUAUAUCAUGGUCCCACGACGAGGUAAUAAAGUUUUUGAAGAUCUACAGAAAGUUAGAUGUACUGUGGGACAAUACUAAUUUGUUUUACAAAAACCAUUCUAAACACAUGGAAGCUUACAAAGUGUUUUUGAAGAGUUUGAAUAAAGAGUAUGUAACUGUGGAAGAUUUGAAGAGUAAAAUUAACUCCAUACGUACAAAUUAUAAGAAAGAGUUGAAAAGGAUGGCGACAGAUGAACAUUAUACGCCAAAUAGUUUUUGGUUCAAGCUAGUCGACUCCUUCUUAAGGCCUGUCGUUAACCAGACCUUGAAUCUAACCAUAAAAGAUCAAGUAGAUUCACCAGUAGAAUCAGAAACGGAAGAUGACAAUGAUUCCUCAAAAGCAACGUUUAUAGAGGAGAACGAGGAAACACCAGAAACUUCAAAAAAAUCAUUAAAGAGAAAUUCAAAAAGCUUUAACUCUACAAACUUCAUUCCAUGUAAAGUAGAACGAAUGUCAAGUAAAUCAACGGAUAGUGAGUUUGAGGAUGAAUUUGAUCAUUUCAGUCGGUCAAUAGCCGUCCAGCUACGCAAGUUACCAGAAAUUGAUGCACUGGAUUCGAUGCAACAAAUACAACAAAUGAUACUCAUCAGAAAGCAACAACAGCAAACACUGCAAUUACAGCAACUAUAGCCAUCCAGCUAUGCAAAUUGCAAGAAAUUGAUGCAACUAAAGCAACAUACAUGACUGUGACUGACAUAUAGGUCAUCAAUGGUGGCUAGGGUUGCCAGGCCAUAAAAUGCAAAGGCCGGACUUCGCACUAUAUAAGGCCGGACAUUUUCCCCUAAAAGCCGGACGUGUUUUUUUUUAUUGCCAAACUUAUUGUUUUUACAGCUGGGCUGUUGAAAAAAGUAUUUAUAUGUGAUGUCAUGAGAUCGAAGAUGGAGUGUGCCAGAUAUAUGCAUAUUCGAUAUUUAUUAAAAGAUGGAUAUCAUAUUUAUAAUAAAAAAACUCAGUUACGAAUUUGAAAUGUUUAUUAAGUUAGCGAGAAUCGCUACUCUGACAAAAAGCCGGACAGGCCGAACAUGUACAUAUUUGGCCGGACGCGACCGCAAAAAGCCAAACAUGGCAAGCCUAAUGGUGGCUGGAGCAAAAUUAUAAGUAACUUAGUUAAUCUUAAAUAAAUAGUUUUAUAAGCCAAAUAAAUGUACAUAAUAUAUAGCUAGCAUAUGUCACGCAAUCUCCAAGUCCAAUGUCUUUCUAUGGACAGGACAAUUGGGUCAGAUAGUGUAAAAUAAAAUAUUUUUAUUAUUU